UGCCGGCUGCGCUCUCCGUCCCGCCCGGCCGCCCCGCGCGGCUCCUUCCCUCUAUGGAUGGGAAGGCAGCACCCAACGGCGUGGCCACCAUCGAGGACAGGAUCCUGCGCAUCACCGGCUACUAUGGAUAUUACCCGGGAUACUCCAGCCAGAAAAGAGAAGAAGGAACACAAGCGCACACAGAGAGCAGCAGCCAAGAAGCUGAAGGACAGACACGAUGCCAGUCUUGCACAUCCACAUUUCUCAAGCUAAUCUGGAGAUUCCUGAUCAUUUUGUCCGUCUCUUCCUCCUGGGUUGGGACCACACAGUUUGUCAAAAUCGCAUUUGAGACCUUUGACUGUCCUUUUUUCAUGACUUGGUUCUCAACAAACUGGAACAUUAUGAUUUUUCCCAUUUAUUAUUCCGGGCACCUUGCAACUGCACAGGAAAAGCAGUCUCCAAUCAAAAAAUUCAGGGAAUGCAGUCGGAUUUUCGGUGAAGACGGUCUGACGCUGAAACUCUUUCUUAAAAGGACUGCUCCCUUUUCUAUUCUGUGGACUUUGACUAACUACCUGUAUUUACUGGCUUUAAAGAAGCUCACAGCCACAGACGUCUCUGCCCUGUUCUGUUGUAACAAAGCUUUUGUCUUCUUGCUUUCUUGGAUUGUGCUCAAAGACAGGUUCAUGGGAGCAAGGAUAGUGGCAGCAAUAAUGGCAAUCACAGGAAUCGUGAUGAUGGCAUAUGCAGACGGUUUCCAGGGGGACUCCAUCAUCGGGGUGGCCUACGCUGUGGGAUCAGCCUCCACGUCUGCCUUGUAUAAGGUUUUGUUCAAGAUGUUCCUUGGGAGUGCAAACUUCGGGGAAGCAGCUCAUUUCGUGUCUACCCUGGGCUUCUUCAACUUCAUCUUCAUCUCCAUCACCCCCAUCAUCCUGUACUUCACUAAAGUGGAGUACUGGUACCCCUUCUCUGCUGUGCCCUGGGGUUACCUGUGUGGAGUAGCCGGCCUCUGGUUAGCUUUCAACAUCCUGGUUAACGUUGGGGUGGUGCUGACCUACCCCAUUCUGAUCUCCAUCGGCACCGUGCUCAGCGUCCCUGGGAAUGCAGCCGUGGACCUGUUGAAGCACAAAAUGAUCUUCAGCGUGGUGAGGCUGGGGGCCACCAUCAUCAUCUGCAUGGGCUUCCUGCUCAUGCUGCUCCCUGAGGAGUGGGAUGAGAUCACCCUGAGGUUCAUCAACAGCCUGAAGGAGAAGAAGAGCGAGGAUCACGCCGAGGACAUGACGGAAUCCAGCGUGCACACGAGGAGCAGGAGCAGAGCCAACGGGACAGUGUCCAUCCCGCUGGCAUAGGGCCAGAGGUGUAUUCUGUGAAUAUGGCUGAACUCUCCUCACUGCCUGUAUGCUUCAAAAGAUGACAUCUAACCUGAGCAGGGGAUGAACUGUAAGAUAAGGGAGAAACAUCCAUGAGAAAUGUUUACAUUUAUACGCUUAACAAGGAACGGGUGUAAAUAAMUACAAUAAAAUUUUUUUGU